CCAAAAACCAAAGGGUUUCUUUUCCUCUAUCGUCGAAAAACCGAAACUUUCGAUUCCCACUUGUCAAGUUCCUAAUUUUGUAUUAUUUUCUUGGGUUUACUGUGUUCACAUUUGUUACCCUGACAACUAGUUAUAACAUUAUUCCGCCAUCUUGUAUUUUAAUAUAUUAAACGUCAACUAUAUAUUCCCAAGGCAAGGAAUAUUGAAAAUGAGUAACUUUGGAAAUAGACCUCCAUCUGGAUCACUGAGGCCUGGGACUAAGGGAAGAAUGGCUCAGGGAAGCAAUAUGGCAAAACCACCAGGAACUGGAAUGGUCCCAGGAAGUGCGAGACCCGGAACACGUGGUGGUGAUGGGGGGAUGGGAGCUUUGAACUCUCAGAUCAGGGUGACAGAUCGUCCAAUGACAAGACAAGGACUUGGUAUUGCAACCGGUGCUAAAGGUCCACAAAGACAGGUGCAAGAUAAAUCUUACUUCAUGGGACUGCUGAGAGCAAAAGUAUCUGAGUUGACCACAGAAAUAGCAAGAAUGCAGAAAGAUAUUGAUAAAUAUUCCCAAGAACACGAAACGUACCUAACUUAUGAAAAAAGAGCUGAAAGUUUGGCAUCCGAGAUAAAAGAUUUUCAAGGUCAACUGGCUGAUUAUAAUACGCUUUUGGAUAAACUUAAUACUGAUUCAGAUAUGGAUGAAAUUAUUCAAGAACACGAUGCGAUAAAAGUCAGCAAUGAGAGAGAAAGAAAGUCGAUUGAUGAGUUGUUUAUGAAACGACAACAAAAAGAAGAACAAAUAAAAGAUCUUCAACUUGAAAUAGACCAGGAGAACAGAAUGGCAGAAAAUCUUGUUCAAGGAAUGUCAGAAUCAAUGAAGCAAAAUUAUCUAAACUUGAAGAAAAAGAAUGCUAACCUUCAAAAGGCGCUUGACGAAAAACAGCAACUUCUUGACAAAGUGACGACAAAAUUGCAAACACUGGAAGAGGAAGUAGCGUCUUCUCCUGUCAAACAAGAAGCAGUAACUUUGUAUGAAAAAAUUCACGAAUUGGAAGAGAAAAAGCAAAGCCUAGUUGAUGAAGCAAACAGCAAAGGAACACCAACAGAAGAAAGAGAAAAACUCUUAAAACAGGUUAAAGAUGAUAACGAGGAAAUUCGAUCAAUUGAGAAAAGGAUUCAGGAAAUCAAAGAGAAGAUUAGAGUAACUUCGGAAGAAUUACAACAUGUUGAUAUGGAUUUGGAGGAGAAUCAAGGUGAACGAAAUCAGAAAUAUCUCGAGUUGAAGAAAAGGGAAGAGACUAUGCAAGAGUUCCUUGAUUCUUUUGAGGAAAACAAGAAACGAGAAUUGGAACGCAAAGCUCAGUUGGAGGGAAACAUUGUAUCAGUAAUGGAGCAUAUGAGUAGGAGAAUGAUUCGUUCGAAACAUUUACCAAGUGUUGGUGAACUUAAGCAAAUGCAGGCUGAUUUAAGCUUCAAAGAAAAUGAAAUGCACAGAUCUCAAAAUACCUCAGAUUCGUUACAGUCAGAGCAUGAUCGAUUGCAGAUGGAUUUAGAUAAAGUCCAACAGCUUGAAACCAAGAUAAGUUCAGAACUGGAGGUUUUAAAGACAAAAGUUGCAUCGAUGGAGCAGGAAUUAGUGAAGUAUUACGAUUUGGACACAUUGAAAGAAAAUGCUGAAGACAGAAGAGUGCAUUUAAACGACGAACAAGAAAUACUCGAAUCUAGAAGAGAGACGUCGAAAGGACGUGUUCGAGAUAUGAGUCAAACAUACGAAGCCUUGAAGAAUAAACUUAAUGAAAACGAAACUUACUCUCAGCUUGCAAAUCUGGAACGAAAAUGGCAGCAUCAUGAACAGAAUAAUUUUGUGAUGCAGGAAUUUAUCGCAACCAAGAGCGUAGAAAGUGACUACGGACCGUUGAAGGAAAAAGUGACCAGUCAGCUUGAUGAAAUCAACAAGAUGAUCAUUGGAAAUCUUGGAAAAUAGAUAAGCUAAACUUUCUUAUUGUCCAAGUUUUAAUAUUUAUUUACCAGUUGUACAUAUUAUACAUAUGAUGUACAGUCAAUAAAUUUACCUUGUUAAUUCCAAA